CAAGCAGCCGCGGGGAAGUUUUUUUUUUUUUUUCUCCCCUUCAUGGUCUUCGCUCUUGUUCCGUGCAGAAGCGGACGGACCCCGCCGUAAAGCGAGGAUUAUAAGGCUCUUUGUUCUGUGCAGCACUUUCUUGAGAAACAUGGAUAGUGUGUUCCUCAUAGAGGCGAAGGCCAAUUCUGUCUUAAAAAGAUACCCACGGGCGAAUGGACUUUUGGAAGAACUUAAAAAAGGAAACAUCGAGCGGGAAUGUUAUGAAGAACGCUGUGAUAAAGAAGAGGCAAGAGAAGCAUUUGAAAAUGAUGAAAAGACAGCAGAAUUUUGGAAAGACUACACCAACGGUCUCUAUGGAGGAAGUAACACAGGACAGAACUGGUACCCAUUUUACUUAACGUUUCCUCUAAUAAUUGGCCUUUUGGUGGUGGUUCUUAUUAUAUUUGUCACAUGGAGAUGCCUGUUCCAAAAACACCCACACGGACAGUCCAUGUACGCACAGAGCAGAAGCAGGGGAGAUACAGACGGCAGAGCCACUCCUGACGGGAGAAAUCCUAUCCCGCAGUCGUUCAGCGUUCUUCACUCUGCCCAAGAAGAAAUGUUUGAAAGCAGUGGACAUUCCCCAGGUUACUUGAGCUACACAGAGAGACCUAUGGAUUUCCUACCAACCCGGUUGUCGAACUGUGAACCACCGCCAUCCUAUGAGGAAGUUGCCGGUGAAAGUAGCACGCACAGAAAUGAACCUGCAAAUCAUUUGGAUCCACCUCCUCAGUAUGAGGACAUUGUGAAUAGCAUUUCAGUACCUCAUGUUAACGUCAAAUGAAAGAAGACGAUUACGUGCUUCCCUUUGCUCCCAAGCAAAGGAACCCUAACGAUUUUUAGCACUUUAUUGCAGCUUGAUGUUUCAAAGAUUUCUACUGUAUUAUGCCAAUUCUCACUCUCUAAAUUUGGUUGAUUCUGUGAGAAUCCCUGCACCCGGGGGAAACAAAAUAGUCUCCAGCGUAACUUAGAUAUUAACACUAGGUAUGGCGUUAUUGUUGUGGGGUACUUUUUCUACUCUUGAAAGUGGUGCUAAUAAAUGGCUCAGUUAUCAAAACGGAUUGUCUAUGCAGAUGGCAAAACAGGACUGGUUUUAUCUGGGUUCAGAAAUUAAGGAGAAUUGGUCUUGGUUUCUACUUCAGUGGGAAACCUCCCGGGGAAUAGCAAGACUGUAGACUAAACUAGGAAGUCAAGAAAAGAUCUUGAAGGCAAAGGUGAACCACUUCUGUGUUUCUGUCAAGAAAACGACAUCAAUGUAUCCAUGAAAUCAGAAGUCAAGUCGGGCUUGAAAAAGACUCAACCUUGAACAAAAUGGAUUACAGCAAGAAAUGCUGACAAUUUCCCCCUCAAAAUAAGUAUUUUUUUGGAAACCUUGUAUAGCAAAAAAACAAGCAAAUCAUUUAGUAGGAAUAGUCAGGUUUGUCUCUAAAAUCUUCUACUUGUUACAAUGAACACUCAUUAAAACCAGUGGUGGUAUUCACCCGGUUCUAUCCGGUUCGGUCAAACUGGUAGCAGCGGCUGCAGGUGGCUCCUCCCACCCGCCUGGACGUAAUCACGUCCCAUUUAUCCCUGUUUUUGACACUCUGUGCAUGUGCGGAAGGCCCUGCGCAUGCGUGGAGGUGCGCGCUCACAUUUGUGAACCGAUAGCGAAGGUAAGUGAAUACCACUCCUGAUUAAAAAUGUGUUGAUGAUCAACUAUAUUCAAGCACAAUAUAUUUUGAUUCUUCAGAAGAGUGCUAAAAGACGUUUUGUAAUGCUUUGAUCUAUAUUUCUAUUUGUAAGCACCUUAAAGACUAUGAUUCUGGGGACUCUGUAUGUUCUCUUUUGACUAGCAUCAUCCCAAUGACAACGGCUUCUCUCCAGUCAUUUGUGCACAGACUAUAAAGGCUUGUAGAGGAGUAAGCACACUGGUUUGCAUCUCAGUAAGGGCUAUAAUGUCUUUAUUUUCCCGAUAAAGCUUUCUUCCAAAACCGUUUACAUAAAAUGAGUGAAUUCGUUAGGCAGCCGGUGUCAUUGGAAUGACAUCAGCCAACAAAAUAAUAACUCCUCCAGUUUAAAUAAGGCCUGGACAAAGUUAGUAGUCAGUAUUAGUAUAAUUUUCCUUUGUGUAAUAACAAUGUAUUAGAGCAGGGGUGUCAAACUCAAGGUCCGAAGUCAAAUAUCGCCCGCAAUGUUGGAACUGGCCCACGGGGCCACCCUGGAAACAGUGAAGGACUGGCCCAGUUGGUGGCAGCCAUCCAAGCCGGAACGCAGUUGGCCUUAAAUCCGCGGUGACGCCUUAAGCCAGUGAUGGGCCUCCCCUUGGGCGCACACGGAGAGCACACACGGGGCCUGCCAUCCGUCUUGCCUUGCAGGUUGACUGCGUUCUGAGCGCUUCUCUUUCAUCCAGGACACAUGCGCUCGCCGCUUCCUGUGUGCAUGCUCAGGCGGCGGGGCCAAGGCGGCGGGACAGUCUCUUGCUGGCUCCAGGUUGGCUGCAUGGGCCAGAUCUAAGACCAGUGGUGGGUUGCUACCGGUUCACCCCGCCCCACCUGCCCGGCCGCUUUUGCACAUGUGUUAUGAGCGCACGCACGCCGAGUGAACCGGUAGCGACGGGUUUUAAAACCCGGCCCUGUCUAAGACUGACCAUGUCUUGGCCCGGAUGGCCGCAGCAAAUUGUAGAUUAGUGCUGCAUGUGCACCAGCACCUCCAUGCCCCAUUUGCCAGCCUGCCCUUGCAGUCUGUGAGGCUUCCCUUUCACUGGGACUGCCCCCCAUAUUGGAAAGCCAUGACAGCGCUGCCAGUCUCUCCCCCUUCCCCUCGGCCCUUUCUGAGCGCGGAGGAAGGAAGGAGAUGGGAAUGGGAAGGAAGGGAUGGAGGAAGGAAGUCAUGGCUGGGCAGCAGUGGAGCAGCCUCAUCCAUCACUUUGCCAGCCAUUAGUUUCCAAGGGCCCCGAGUCCAACACGGUGAGAUCCAGCUCCCCCCCCCCCAGGAGACUCUGGGCCAGCCCGCUGUGGGGAGGGACUCCAGAUCCCAGCAUCCCCAGCCUUGAGACUACCUGAUUCCUACCACUGCACCCUGCAUGUCUGCCGGGCACAAUGAGGAACAUAGGACGUCACCUGAAGGGAUGAGGUGGUAGCUCUGCCCCAUCCCCCACUUGGCAAAACCCUUAGUUCGCCUUCAGAUCAAAACUGGGCGUGGAGAAUUCUCUUCCCUCCAUUUCCACUCAAUUUACCCACUGACCAGAUUUCACAGGGCACAGCUUGUCUCUGGGAGCGCCUGGUUUGGCUCUGGCAGUGAAUCCUGCCUCAGGCGUCACCGGGAAGGUUGUGAGGGAACGCUGCCCCCUUGAUGCUGGCAGCAGAAAGGCGAUUCCUCUUGACCGGGGUUGACCAGUCGGCUGGAACCCCUGCCCGAGGAUGUUGGGUGGAAUGGGGCGAGAUGGGGGGGUCUGCACUGCGGUGGUGCUCAAAGGAAGGGUAGUUUUCAUCCUCCCCAGAAAGGAACCCUUACCUGACCCUGCAACACGAGGAGUGGGGUGGCCCCAAAAAAUGUUGGGGUGUUUAUAAUGCCUUGGUAAAACCACACUUGGAAUAUUGUACCCUGUUUUGGUCACGAUAUAAAAAAUAGUUGUUGAGAGUGAAGAGAAGAGGAACAAAGAUGAUUCGGGGGUCUGGAGGAUAAAACAUAUGCAGAACUGUUGCUGGAAUUGGGUUUGUCUAGUCUAGUUACCCAUUACUUGUCCCAGCUUCUGCCAACCUAGCAGUUCGAAAGCACGUAAAUAAUGCAAGUAGAAAAAUAGGGACCACCUUUGGUGGGAAGGUAACAGCGUUCCAUGCACCUUUGGUGUUGAGUCAUGCCGCGCACAUGACCACGGAGACGUCUUCGGACAGUGCUGGCUCUUUGGCUUUGAAACGGAGAUGACCACCGCCCCCUAGAGUCGGCAACGACUAGCACGCACGUGCGAGGGGAACCUUUAUCUUUACCUAGUCUAGUGAAAAGAAGGAGUAAGGUUGACAUGAUAGCAGUCUUCCAAUAUUUGAGGGGUUGCCAGAAAGAAGAAGGCGUCAUCCUAUUCUCCAAAGCACCUGAAGGCAGGACAAGAAGCAAUGGAUGGAAACUAAUCAAGGAGAGAAGCAAGCUAGCACGGAGGAGAAAUUUCAGGAAGGGAGGGAAGGAAGGAAGAAAAGGAAGGAAGGAAAGAUGGACAGACAGUCUGCAUCAAUCCUGGAUCCAUUGAGACUUGGGCUCAAAGGAGAAAGCGAUUUUCUGUUCUGUUUUGUCAGAGACAGGGACUUCGUUGGCCAUCCAAGUUAACACUGAUAUCCUUAAAGAGUCAACUCUUAGGAAAGUAUUCCCUCCUUGUGUGUGGCAAUCAGCCAUUUCCAGUGGGGAAAAAAAGACAAAGCAGAGUGGGGGGAAAAACAUUUUCCUUUGCUAUAUUUCCAGUCUGAAUUAGAUCAUGGCAGGGUCUCUGCAGCACAGGCCUUACAUGUGUGUGAAUGACCCAGGUUGCACUCCAGAGUAUGCUGGUUGGCAGGGAAGGUGCCCACCUCCUAAAAGAAACAAUUAUCUGCAGCAUGAUGAGCAAAUCACUAAUUUGCUGUGGCAUAGACUCUCUGUGUGAAUUGUUUGAGCGCAAGAUGUGAACUGUAACUCUUUUAAUUUGGAUUAUUACGUUACAGAUACAAAUCUCGGAGCCCCAAAGGAUCAUGUUAUUAGUUUGUCCCAAUAUGAUAAUGCAGAGCAGGAGUUCGUUCUUCUGGUUGGUUACCUCAUAUGCAGUUCAAUAAACAUACAAACCCUUGGCUAGAAGAAAUCAGAUUUUUUUUUUCCAUACAAUUUAGAUAUAUUUUCUCCCAGUUAUAUUGAGUCCACUUCUAUGAAAUAUUGAAAAUGAUGUUUCCAUUGAGCUUUAUUUUUAUGCUUUGCCUUUUUGUUAUGCCAAUGUAUUUUGAUUUAUAUCUGAGAUAGAUCUUACAUUGUUCAUUAUACACUAAUUCUUUUGAAACGAAAUAAUUGCCUUCCAAUAGAUCAUAUAGUGGAACAUGCAAUCUUUUCAGUUUUUACAUUUGAGCUUAGGUUGAUUAUUAACUUGGGCAAAAUGAAACAUUCCAAUCAGGCUAUAACAGUAGCAUUAUUUUGAAUACUUCUAAAUGCUUCUAAAUUUUCUAAAGACCAAUAAACUCUAGAAGCCAUUUCUUUUGUCGAUAACUGUUUGACUGUCCAACAACUUGUUCAGUCUUCAAGACAUAACAAUUUUAUUGCAGUAUUAAAUAUUUUACAUAUAUGGUUUACAUUUAAAUUAUGCCACUUUAAAACAUUUGGAGCAACUUUGUAUGCUAAAUAAAGCUAUAAAAAACAUGAGUGUCUGAUUCUUUUUUUGUGUAACUAACAGGGUUCUUUUGCAGCCUUGUUGGUUCUAUUUUAAAUCAAAAAAGUUCUAAUAAGAUGCUGCAGGCUAAGACUAAUCAAACUAAAAUAUCUGGUGUGUCACAUUGUAAUAGCUUUUCCAAAAUAAUAUUGUACGUUCUUUUCUAGUCUGCAUGUUCAUAUUUGGCUGCAAAUGGCAUAGAGUUCACUGAUGUUGGCAAGGCAGGGUUGGGAUCCUACCAGAGGUAGGCUUCAGCAGGUUCUGACCAGUUCUGGAGAACCGGUAGUAAAAAUUCUGACUGGCUCUACCCCCAUCUAUUCUCUGCCUCCCGAGUCCCAGCUGAUUAGGAGGAAAUGGGGAUUUUGCAGUAACCUUCCCCUGGAGUGGGGUGGGAAUGGAGAUUUUACAGUAUCCUGUCCCUGCCAUGCCCACCAAGGCACACCACGCCCACCAAGCCAGACCCACAGAACCGGUAGUAAAAAUUUUUGAAACCCAACACUGGAUCCUACCAGUUGAACAACCGGUUUGCUAAGUGCACGUGUGCAGUUUCCAUAAAAUUGAACUUCCGCGUCGCAAACAAGGAAAGGAGCAAGAAAACAGCUGAGGAGGGCCAAUUUAAUCUGCCGCCCCUGAUCAACUGGGCUUCAGAAGCAGAAAUAAAGCUCAGUAUAACCCAGGGGCGGGCGGGCUCACUUUCACAGCGACAGAAAACCUGUUCGCUCUCAGCAGAAAGUGGGAACUACCAGUUCGACUGAAACGGGCCAAACCGGUAGAAUCCCACCACUGUGGCAAGGCCAGCAAAUUCUAACAGCUCUUUGUUUUAUUUAUUUGAUGAAUAAAAAAAUAGGAGAAAAGCUACCAUGAUAAUUACAGCUUAUUUCCAGACUGAUAAUUAGAUGUCCUAUAAAUUGUGUCAUGCUGGAAGGCAGGGAAUAAUGCAAAAAUGUAUUUUUAAGGAACUGGAGAGGAAUAAGAUAAUCUGUUUAAAGUAUUACGUGGCAUGCUUUGUAAAUUAUAGUAAUGUGUAGUAAUUCAACAUACAAACACCACUAAACCCAUGCAUGCAUUUGGUGAUUUUUUAAAAACAAAACAAUGAUUUACUCAACCUGUUUCUGUGGGUGUUGAUGAAUUGCAGUGACUGUAAGUGUUGACUUUAUUACCAGGAAUUCCCAGGAAUUAAACAGGAUCUGAAAAUUAUAGAUUGUGUACUUCCCAUAGGAUGGUUAUAAACGAAAUACUUAUAAAUAGUAAGGCUAUGCAAUGCUUUGGGUUUAAAAGCUAACUCACAUUUCUGAAUGUCAAGGGAGAAAUAUACCGUAGCAUCUGGCUGCAGCUUACCCUGAAAUCAUGCAGCUGUUUGUGCUUCUGAGUCUCCAAAGCAUCUAUCUCUCUUCAAUUCCAAAUCAUUGCACAUUUCUAAUAAUAGGCCUACUUAUGUGGUAGCAUACAGGAAUCACUUCUGCAAAAUGAAAACCAGAUCUUCCAAGUACUUUCAGAGACUGGGCAGCGCAGCCAUAGAUGAGCUGGCUCUUUUAUCAAUUCCCUGUACAAGAUGGGUGCAAAUAGAUAAUGUUAAAAUAUUUAUAAAUAAAACCGGAUUUAAUUAUAUAUUUGAUAUUAACUGACCUUUUUCAAACGUUCGUGUAGAUACCAUGCUAUAUGUUACAGAUCUAUCUUGUGAAAACUUAUAUGUUGUUGCUUUUAUAAACUUGAGAUUAUUGUAUCCUUUCAUAACAAGCAGCAUUGUGGCUUAGUGGUGAAAAUGCUUGCCUUCUACUUGGAAAUUUGAGAGUUCAAUCCUAGGUAGUGGCAAAUGUUUAGGGGGCAAAAAAAAAAUCUGCUGUGAACUCCAUGUAGGUAUCAGGAAGGGCAUCCAGCCAGUAAAUGCCCUGAUUCCCAGAUGGGUACUACAGGAUUAUAAAAAUGAGGGUUUGAAAUAGCAAAGAGAAACAACAAUUAAAUUAUUUUGAUUUAUAAAUAACUUCCAUAAACUAAUCUUCAUUUAUGGUAACAUGGUUUUAGAAAAUUGCAGCAUAUCCCCAAAAAGAAAAGACAUGAAAAUAUUGAUGCCACAACAAAAAUUAAAGAACAGCAUGCUCUUUAGAACAAUUCUGGUUUUUAAAUAAAUCAUUGUUAGCAAGUCUGUUUAUGUGCUGAUUGUUUCAAACAUCUGCUGUGUCAACACAAUACAUGUCAUUGUAGGGACUAGAAUUGUAAAGGGGCAUUAUUCUGGCAAAGAAACCAAUCUGCAGUUCAGUUUGUUUAGGGUCAUGGUAUCCAAGCUGUAAACUCAUGCAAACAUCAAGUCUUACCAAACUUUAGAAGUGAAAGUGAAUGGUUGUAAACAGGAAUGAGUGAUCUGUGUGUCACUGCUACAAUAGCCUUUAAAUGAAAAGUUUAAGAGAAAAGAGUCACAAAUUUUAGUUCAUCAGGACCGUUACACCAGUACGCAUUGAUGUUGUGGAGACAUUGUUGUCAUCUGUUAAUUGUUUUCUCGGCUUUCCCAUAUUUUUUCCCAACUAUCCCAACCAUUACUGCAUACAAAAUAACUCCAGCAACUAUUUUCCUAAUAUUUGGCUUUAUUUAGAUGAUGACAGGGUAUAUGAUGCAUGUAUAAUGUGGGUUUCUAAUGAAUAAUGUUAAAACUUACAAAAAAUAGGGAGAACUUUGCUUGACAUUUCACAUAAAAAAUAGUUCAUUUUUUAAAUUAAAAAUCUUCAUAAUAUUUUUGCAGUUUAGACACUAUUCAGGAUAAGAUGCAGCAUUCUUUGUGCUAAAUUAAAUAUGUCUACCAGUUAUAUCAGUAAAGCUGAUUGUGCAUUAUGUUGAUUAUUAAGUAGAGAUGAUUACAGUACAAAGAAAUGUUGUGAUUAUUAAAAUGUUUCUUACAGUGGUAUUUUAAUACCAUAACAAUUAACUUUCCCAAUUUAAGGGGGAGAAACCUGUGUUGUAAUAUACUCUAUUAAAACAAUAAGCUUUAUUUAUGAGCCAGCAAUGUGCAGCAGCUGCAAAAAAAGCCAACACAGUUCUAGGCUGCAUAAACAGAGGGGUAGAAUCAAGAUCACAUAAAGUGUUAAUAUCACUUUAUAAUGCCUUGGUAAGGCCACACUUGGAAUACUGCAUCCAGUUUUGGUCUCCACGAUGUAAAAAAGAUGUGGAGACUCUAGAAAGAGUGCAGAGAAGAGCAGCAAAGAUCGUUAAGGGACUGGAGGCUAAAACAUGAACCGUUGCAGGAACUGGGUAUAUCUAGUUUAAUGAAAAGAAGUAGGGUUGACAUGAUAGCAGUCUUCCAAUAUUUGAGGGGCUGCCAGGAAGAAGAAGGGGUCAUCCUACUCUCCAAAGCACCUGAAGGCAGGACAAGAAGCAAUGGAUGGAAACUAAUCAAGGAGAGAAGCAACUUAGCACGAAGGAAAAAUUUCCUGAGUUGGAUCAAUCAACCAGUGGAACAACUUGCCUCCAGAAGUUGUGAAUGCUCCAACACUGGAAGUGUUUAAGAAGAUGUUGGAUAACCAUUGGUCUGAAGUGGUGUAGGGUUUCCUGCCUAAGCAGGGGGUUGGACUAGAAGACCUCCAAGGUCCCUUCCAACUCUGUUAUUCUAUUCUAGUCUAGUCUAGUCUAGUCUAGUCUAGUCUAGUCUAGUCUAGUCUAGUCUAUUGUAUCCUUUCGUAUUUGCUGUUAAAUAAUUGAUCUAACUAGAAUCACAAUUGGCACGAGGCCUCAGGAAGUUUAGCAUUCAGCUUUCACUUUCAUAACCUUCAUUCUAUCGUACCUUUGAUCUUCAGAGGGAUUACUUCAACUGUCAUAAGAUAAUGGCUUUAAUUAGGCUGAUAAAUCCAAGGACAUAAGAAAGACUUUUUUAUUAAAGAGGCACAAGAGUAAAUAUAGCAAACUUAGCACUUCAGAAAGUGAUGAAAAUAGGUGCAACAAUGAGUCAGUUUAUUGUCAAGUCUCAGAACAGACUAAACAGGUUUUCAUGUGCUAUCCUAGGGUGAAAUGUGCAAGAAAAAAAAAAUCAUGAAUUAUACAUGCAUUUUAUCUUGCCACAUGUAACAUCUAAUGGGACUCAAGGCGUGCUUGGAGAUGCACACAUUUAUAGGUAUGCUGUUCUAUAAAUCAAAAUAUCUCCAAGAUUUGAAUGGUCCUGACCCUGCCUUGAGAAUGUGAGAAUAAGCUAAAGUUGCCACAACCCAGUAUAGUGUCCUGAGAAAUUUAAGGAAGCUGAAGUCCACGCAUCUCAAAGUUGCCAAGCUAGAGAAACUCCACUAUAACCUAUAUAUAGACUAGGCACAGAGAAGAGAAAAACAAGAAAUCAAUAGAUCUCUUCACAAUAUAGAUAAGGAAACAAAUCAUUAAGCAUUGUUGGAAGAAAUGUCCAUCUGGGUUCAGUUCCAAGUGGGGAAAAAGACACUGGAAACAUGGAGACUGCUUGGAAAGAUGGUUUAAUGGUGGACAGGAUCACAUGGUUUGAGUUCCUGAACAGAAAAGGACCGAGAUGCUGAGCACACCUUGGUUUUAUGCCCUCUCUGAGCUUUGAACUUCCAGGGGCACAGGAAGAGUACCCUAAUUGGUUGUCAGACUCCCAGGGGUUGGGGGUCUUAGCUAGCCUUGCUGGCUGAUGUGCUAUGUGGUGAGUUUCUGUUGCUAGGUGGGUCCUAUUGUGUUGCAGAUGAUGGUCCAUUGACAAAGGGAGGGGGAAUUGGGUUUCUGCCUUCUGCCUCUGGCCCAUUGACAAAGGUGGUGGGGGGAGGCAGGAAGGUGAGAGCUGCUUUGUCUUUAAAACAUGUUUCUCCAUUUCUCAUCCAGGGAAAUAUAAUAUUCUGCCUUUUUAAUAUUUCCUAAAAUAUUUCAUUCUUCUAGGAGAGGGGUGGGUGCUUACUUCCUACAGGAUAAAGGGGAAAAGGUCACCAAAAGACACAAAAAAGGGGAAGGAUACUGUAAAAUCACCAUUCCCUCCCCACUCCAGGGGAAGGUUACUACAAAAUCCCCAUUUCCUCCUGAUCAGCUGGGACUCGGGAGGCAGAGAAUAGAUGGGACUGGGCCAGCCAGAGGUGGUAUUUACUGGUUCUCGGAACUACUCAAAAUUUCCGCUACGGGUUGUCCAGAACUGGUCAGAACCUGCUGAAACCCACCUCUGGAGCAGAGAAAGAAACUCAGUAAGGAUCCACCCCAACUUUUCAGGCGGUUAAAAAAAAAACAUGCUGGGGUAGGGAUCUCCAACCUUGGCAACUUUAAGACUUGCGGACUUCAACUCCCAGAGUUCCUCAGCCAGCUUUGCUGCAAUUCUGGGAGUUGAAGUCCACAAGUCUUAAAGUUGCCAAGGUUGGAGACCCCUGUGCUGGGAGAUUUAUGCUUUCAGGAUUACAUGAUUCUCUUAAUGUAGCCUCACAAAAAAAUAAAAUUAACUAAUCCUGUUGUAUUUUUUGUACUGUCUACUUGGAAGGCUGGCAAAUAUUCAACACUGUUUUCUCCUGGGGUUCUGAAAAGCACUAAGACCUGGUUCUGGUCUCUGGCCAGGAGUUGAUGUAGUUGUGGGGGGCCACUGGUUUGCCCCUGUUAUUUUAACUGCAUUUACUAUUUGGUAUUUGUAAGCCAACAAGCCUCUAUGGGAGCGGGCAGCUAUAUUUAAAUAUAUAAUAGAGGAGGCCAGAAAAUCUCCAUCCCUAAACAUGUUUCUUUUCCACUACUGUAAAACGCAUGCAAGUAUGUAGACACUGAAACACCCUUAAUGUGACAUUUAACCACUUUGUGAACUUUUAGUCUAAAACAGGGGUGUCAAACUUGAUUUCACUGAGGGCCGCAGCAGGGUUGUUUUUGACUUUGGGGGGGCUGGGGGGGGCAUGGCCAGGGUGGGUGUGGCCAGCCCGAUGUCACUCAUGUCGGGGCGCCUGUGGAGGCCCGAGGGCUCUGCCUGCAAAAACGGGCUCCCGAGCUCCGUUUUCGGCUGCGACAGCCUCCUGUAACCCUCUGCCAGCAAAAACGGAGCUUGGGAGGGCUGCAUGCAGCCGUCCUGAGCUGUUUUCGCUGGCAGAGGCACCGCAGGCUGGUCCUUUGCUGUUUCCAGGGCAGCCCUGUGGGCCAGAUCUAAGCACCAGGUGGGCCGGAUCCAGCCCCUGGAUCUUGAUUUUGACACCUCUGGCCCAGUGAGUGAAAUGCUCCUGGUUCGGACCAGAUCAACCAAGCAAUGGUGGCGGGUGGUUUGGAGAACCAGCAGCAAAAAUCCCUGCCCCCCCCCCCCAUGCCCAACUGAGCCGUGCGAUCAUCAGAGCCUUUUUUUCUUCUUUUAAAAGCAUUUUUUUAACAAUCUCUUUGGCCGAAGAGAUUGUAAAAAAAAUGCUUUUAAAGGAUUAAAACAGUAUUUUUUAAAAGGUAAAAAGGCUGAAGCCUGCUAGGCAAAAAAUGGGGAGUUUAGGCAAAAAAUGGAGGGAUGAGGGGUCCGUUUGAGAGAGAGAGAGAGAAAGAAAAAAAGAAAGAAAGAAAGAAAGAAAGAAAGGGAAAGGGAGGGAGGAAAAGGAGAGGAAGGAAGGACUACAAACCUGGCACUAGACGCAGCUUCAGAGGAUAAUCCAGGACUGGAAGGGACCUGGAGGUCAUUUAGUCCAACCCUGCUCCUGCAGGACAUCGUUAGUGAGUUUCUGUCUUUUGAUUCCCCAGUGACAUAGCCACGCCUACCCAGUCACAUGACCCCCUACCACCAAGCCACGCCUCACCAAGCCACGCCCACAGAACCGGUAGGAAAGAAAUUUCGAUUUCCCCACUGCCCUGGCCUAAAACAUCGUAAGAUGCAUAGCAUGGCAGGUGCAAAGACCCUGAUGUGUUUACAGGAAGGGCAUUUCACUGCUAAGCUGGUUUCUCAGAUAUCUUGUUUUGCACAUGGUUAUAAAAGAUUUACAAAGCAGCCCUUGACCCAGAAUACAUACCUAUUGUCCGGCUCAAGGAGCAUGGGGUGUUUACUCCUGAAAGUAUUUACCUUUAAUAAACCUUGUGAUCCUCUCAUUCGCUUUCAGCUCCUCUUUCUUGGAAAUCUCUCAGGGAUACUGACCCCUGGAGGGCAUUCACAUUUGGGUAUCAAACAGAAUGCAAACAUCUACUACAGUCACGAAAAUCAUUUUGAUUUUUCAUUUCUGAAUAGGAGCAAAAAUU